AUUGCAUGCGCGCAAUUGCACAAAGGACGUACUAGGGGACUAGACUCUGUGGAGAGAUGGCAGUUGUCAUGAGGAGGCUGGGCUCACUGGGCCGUGGCCUCUGGACGCGGCAGAGCUCCAAAGCGAAGCCCUUCUCCACGGCCAGCAAAGUCUCCGAGAAGUCAGCGGCCUCUCCCGGGGAGCUGGUCAUAGAGAGGGAGAAGAAAUUCAGUGCACACAACUACCAGCCGGUCCCGGUCGCCCUCUCUCGCGGGGAAGGAAUCUUCGUCUGGGACGUGGAGGGGAAGCGGUACUUCGACUUUCUCAGCGGCUACUCUGCCGUCAAUCAGGGCCACAGACACCCCAAGAUUAUGGCGGCGCUGAGCGAGCAGGCGUCCAAACUGACGCUCACAUCCCGGGCCUUCUACAACGACGUGCUGGGGGAGUUCGCCGAGUGCAUGUCGAAGAUGCUGGGCUACGACAAGAUGCUCCCCAGUAACACUGGCGUGGAAGCCGUGGAGACGGCAGUCAAGCUGUCCCGUCGCUGGGGCUACGACGUGAAAGGGAUACCGACCAACCAAGCAAAGAUAUACUUCGUGGAGGGCAACUUCCACGGUCGCUCCAUGACGGCGGUGUCUGCCUCCACGGACCCCGAGAGCUACGGAGGCUACGGACCAUACCUCCCUGGAAUCCAUAAGAUCCCUUUCGACGAUCUUGACGCUCUGGAGGAGGCAUGCUCAGACCCAAAUACAUGUUCCUUUAUCGUGGAGCCAAUCCAGGGAGAAAAUGGAGUGGUUCUCCCCACUGAUGGCUACCUCAGAGGAGUCAGAGACGUCUGCUCCAGACACAAUGUUCUCUUUGUGUCAGAUGAAGUACAGUGUGGACUUGGUAGGGCCGGGAGGAUGCUGGCUGUGGAUCACGAAGGAGUGAGGCCCGACGUUGUGAUCUUGGGCAAGUCUCUCUCUGGAGGACUGUUUCCAGUGAGUCUUGGGGUCUCUCUGUCUGGACCUCUGUGUCUCCAUGACUGAUUUCCCUCUCAGGUGUCCUGUGUUCUUGCUGAUGAUGAGGUGAUGCUCACAAUCAAACCUGGACAGGUAUGAGUGCAGGACAUGUUGGCCAAUGUCUCAUGUACUUCAGGCAAUUUCAAUGUGGCUAUUGGUGGAGAUAAUCUCUCCAUUGUCAAACUGCAGUGCAUUAGCUGCACUCUAUGUUGUUGAGUGUGUAUGUGUACGUAUGUACUGCUCCAUACACACAGCAUGGGUCGACAUUUGGAGGUAGUCCUCUUGCGGGUCGAGUGGCCAUUGCAUCUAUGGAGGUGUUGAGGGAGGAGGGGAUGGUGGAGAAUGCAGCUGCCAUGGAGGGUGUGUUGAGGAGGGAGUUGAGUCAACUAGACCCCUCAGUGGUCCACACACUACGAGGAAGGGGCUUGUUCUUUGCUAUCGUCAUCACUCCUAUCCCAGGGUUCACUGCAUGGGACGUGUGUCUAAAGCUGAGAGACCACGGCCUGCUAGCCAAGCCCACGCAUGAUGACAUCAUAAGACUGGCCCCCCCACUUAUCAUCACAGAGGAACAGUUGGUGGAGGCUUGUGGCAUUGUGAAGAGUGUCAUCAACAGAGAGACUGACUAGAGGUCUAUGGUAGCGACACAUUAUUAUACUGUGAUACUAUUGUUCAAAGAAAGUUUUUUCACACUCACAAGACCACAUUGAGAAAGUGUCUGUGUGUGACUAUGGCUAGGUGUUGGAGGCAGCUUCGCUGAUCUCCAUCUCUAGUCUUCGUUUCAUCAGUUUAUGACAGGGGCGACAGACUCUGUGGGGUUGCUGGGUGGCGUGCCAGGGCAGGGGGGCGACGUUGCUUGCACACACAUUACAGGAGACUGUGCCACAGUAACAGCAGUGGUACUUAGAGACGAGGAAGGUGAAGGCUCGACCACAGGCACAGCGAGUCACGCUGCGCAGAGGUUGCCAUGGUAGGUUCAUCUCCGGCAGAUGGUCCAGAUAACCUCUGAACUCAGCGGAGGAGGUGGGGGAGGGCGAGAGCCGGCGUGGGGAGGGAGGGAAGGGAGGGGGAGAGAGGGAAGACCUCUCAGAGGGUCCAUCUUCUCUGCCAGUGCCUGAAGGGUUAGUCCCUUCGUUUCCUAAGUCAUUAUUCCUGGUGCUGGUUUCAUCAUCCAGUUCAGUUUUAUUAGUGGCUGUAGAGACACCUUCCGAAGAGAUAUUGGCACAAGAUUGUCUCCUGUGCAGUUUCUCCAAACCCAACUUGAGAGCACUCACAGACU